ACAAUAAAAAAAAAAAGACAGUAAUUUGGAUGAUGAAUAUAAAAAGGACAGGAAAAUAAAAUAAAAAGGAUCUUCCAACUUUAAUAUUAUUACAAAUAAAAACAUUCUUUAAAUCAUAAUAUUGUAUACGAACAAAGAAGAUUAAAAAAAAAUGGCUUCUAUUCGUCAUCGUGUAACUAUUAUUGGAUCUGGUCCUGCUGGCCAUACUGCUGCUAUCUAUCUUGCACGUGCCAAAAUGAAACCUAUUUUAUUUGAAGGUAUGAUGGCUAACGGGUUUGCUCCUGGAGGACAAUUGACAACUACAACCGAGAUUGAAAACUUUCCUGGUUUCCCAAAGGGGCUCCUUGGAGGAGAGUUGAUGGACCGUAUGCGUGAACAAUCGAUUGAAUGUGGAGCUGAAAUUGAAACUGAAACGAUUAGUAAAUUAGAUCUCUCUAGCCGUCCAUUCCGUCUCUGGCGUGAAGGAAGUGAGGAUCAAGAGGAGCCUACGGAUACAGCGGAUGCAGUCAUUCUUGCUACAGGUGCCUCUGCUAAACGUAUGCAUUUACCUGGUGAAGAAAUCUAUUGGCAAAACGGUAUCUCUGCCUGUGCUGUCUGUGAUGGUGCUGUUCCACUUUUCAGAAAUAAACCUCUUGUCGUGGUAGGUGGUGGUGAUUCUGCCGUUGAGGAAGCCAUCUAUUUAACAAAAUAUGCCUCCCAUGUUCAUGUCCUUGUGCGUCGUGAUGUCUUGCGUGCCUCUAAAGUAAUGGCAGAUCGUCUCUUGAAACAUAAAGAUAUUACGGUUCAUUUUAAUACAGUUCCUACUGAAUGUGUCGGUAAUGGAGAUGUCUUGACCGAGGUCAUCACACGCGAUACAAAGACAGGUGAAAGUGGUUCAAUUAAAGCUAGUGGUCUCUUUUAUGCUAUUGGUCAUGUGCCUGCAACUAGUUUGGUUAAAGGACAAUUAGAUCUUGAUGAAACAGGUUAUAUCAAAACCGUUCCUGGAACUUCAUUAACGAAUAUUGAAGGUGUCUUUGCUGCUGGUGAUGUUCAAGAUAAACGUUAUCGUCAAGCUAUUACUUCUGCUGGUAGUGGCUGUAUGGCUGCUCUUGAUGCUGAAAGAUAUUUGAGUCAAUUCGAAAACUAAACUAAACGAAGGAAAAAAAAAGAAUUUCCCAGUUUAUCUAUAUUUAUAGAUUAUAUAUAUUUGUAUAGAUUAUAUAUUAUAUCCAUUAUGUUGCAUUAUCUAUGAAGGAAGAACUCUUUUAUAUAUUGAAAAAAAAAAAUAGAAGAAAUCUUACAUCUCGUUUUUUUUUUUUUUUUUU